CACGGGGUUAAAUAGCUGUGGUCUGGGCUCCCGCUCUCUCCCCCCAGCCGGGAGGCGUGCCUAAUGGGGCGCAGGGAAGGGGCAGGGGGUGUGUCCGCUUGUUUGCUCGCCUGGGUGGCUUGCAGGGGUGCCCGCCAGGGCUCGUCGUCUCUGCUUCCCUGGGCCCUGGUGGGGGAUCGGGGCCAUGGAGGGCCAGCCUGGGCCGAGGUUGCUCCUGGGCAGUUAAGGGGCUGCAUCGGGGGGCCCCUUUCCAUGGCCAGCUGCAGUUCCAAGGCCGCCGCCUCCCUCUUCAAGCGCACCCUGGCGCUCUCUCCCCCGCCCCGGGCUGCAGGAGGCGGCUGCGGGCGUUGCGGCGCCUCCGGUUCUCCGUGCGCCACGUCCUUGGGCGGAGGGAGGUUGCGCUCCGCGGGGAGCCGCCUCUUGCAGCCGCCGCUGCCGCCGUCCUCCCCGCCCCGCUUCCUGGCUGCUCAGCCUCACUCUCCGCCCCUGCUGUUCCUGCAGAACUCGCUCAGCGACGGCCUCCGCACUUGCUUCAGAUACCUGAAUCAGACCAGCCGGAGUUUCGCCGCCGUCAUCCAAGCCCUCGACGGAGAGUUGCGCAAUGCGGUGUGCAUCUUUUACUUGGUUCUCCGAGCUCUGGACACGGUUGAGGAUGACAUGACCAUCAGCCUAGAAAUGAAGGUCCCCAUGUUACAGAACUUCCACUCCUACCUGUACCAGCCAGACUGGAAAUUUAUGGAGAGCAAGGAGAAGGAUAGGCAGGUGCUGGAGGACUUCCCGACGAUCUCUUUAGAGUUUCGGAACUUAGCAAAGGUCUAUCAGGAUAUCAUUGCUGAAGUUUGCCACAAGGUGGGCCAUGGGAUGGUUGAGUUUCUGGAAAAGAAAGUGGAUUCCAAGCAGGAUUGGGAUAAGUAUUGCCACUAUGUUGCUGGCCUGUUCUUGAUUGGGCUAUCACGGCUGUUCUCUGUGUCCAAGCUGGAAGAUCCCAUUGUUGGACAAGACAUGGAGCUCGCCACCUCCGUGGGCCUCUUCCUGCAGAAAACCAACAUCAUUCGAGACUACCUGGAGGACCAAUUGGAAGGCAGAGAAUUCUGGCCCAGAGAGGUUUGGAGUAAGUAUGUGAAGAAGUUGUCUGAUCUGGCCAAACCAGAGAAUAUAGACAAGGCUGUUCAGUGCAUGAACGAGCUCAUCACCAACACGCUCCAUCAUGUCCCAGAUGUCUUGAUCUACUUAUCUCAACUAAAAAACCAGAGCGUGUUCAAUUUCUAUGCAAUUCCACAGGUGAUGGCCAUUGCCACUUUGGCAGCCUGCUACAACAACAAGCAGGUUUUCCAGGGUGUGGUGAAGAUCCGCAAGGGACAAGCCGUCACCCUGAUGAUGGAUGCCACCAACAUAGACGCUGUCAAAGCCAUCAUGUACCAGUACGUGGAAGAGAUCUACCAGAAGAUCCCAAGCACUGAUCCUUCUUCCAGCAGAACUCAUCAGGUCAUUGCUUCCAUCCGAUCCCUGAGCAUGCCCAGUGGUGCCCUACUCUCUCGGGUGCAUUACUCCCCCAUCUAUUUGUCGUGCGCCAUGCUGUUAGCUGCCUUGAGCUGGCAGUAUCUGAGCACAGUCUUGAAAAUGACAGAGGAAUACAUUCACACGGGCGAGAACUGAGUAGGGAGCUCUGUAGCGUCCCUUUCUGAGAACGGUUCACCCACUCUUCUUUGUGUGUGCGUUUGUGUACGUGUGUGUGUGUGUUGGGGGACUAUUAGAUUCACAGGACUGCAAGGAACAGGACUCUCAUUUCAGUUACAAGCCAGGCGGGCCCGGAAGCCUUAACCUAGAAAUACCUUCUGGAUUUUAAAGCAUCUAAUCCAUAGCUGUUUCCAAUCCUCUUUUGUUGGUAUUUUAUUAGCUCUCUAUUUUUUGUGCAUAUAAAGUCC